AUGCAUCAAACGGUAGAGGAAACAUUGGCCAAUGGACACAGUUUGUCCACGUCCAAGAGCCACAGCGAGCCCUCGAAUCUACCGGCCAUCCUAAACACCGCAGCGCAGACUCCUGCAGGAAUUUGCAUUUAUCCUCCUGGGCAGGUGGACGGAAGUCCGACGCGAUUAAGCUAUGCCGAUCUUGCCCGGCGAGCAGAAGAGGAUUCUUCCUUACUGCUCAAUCACAUCCACGACAAGCCUGUGGUUCUAAUUCACCUGGACAAUCAUGCAGACAAUAUACGCUGGUUCUGGGCGGUGGUCUGCGCCGGACUACUGCCGGCCAUGUCAACGCCCCUCUCACAGAAUGCACCCCAGCGCGCACAGCAUUUGCAACAUCUUCGGGCUCUACUGGAAAGUCCCGUAGUCCUGACCUCCUCCAGCCUGGUCGCUCAAUUCCCGGAACUCAAGCAGCCGCGCACUUUGACCGUCGAGCAGCUAGGUCACACAACUCCCAAGCGCGAUGCUACUGCUGUACAACCCCGACCGCGCCAGGGUGAUGAGCCAGCAGUGUUGAUGCUAACUUCUGGAAGCACCGGUCAUGCUAAAGCUGUCCCCUUGACGAUGCCCCAGUUGGUGGCUGCCCUGCAAAGCAAAAGCCGCGCAGAGGCAUACGCCCACCGCUCGGUGCUCUUAAACUGGAUCGGUCUGGAUCAUGUUGCCAACUUGAUGGAGAUUCACCUAAAUGCUAUUUUUACUGCGUCGGAUCAGGUGCAGGUCCAGGCCCGAGAUGUGAUAGCAGACCCUUUGGUCUUGCUGCAACUUAUCGAACGCCAUCGCGUGUCUCACACAUUCGCACCCAACUUCUUCCUGGCGCUGCUGCGACAGCGACUCGCGGGACUGGAAGAAAAGUACCACCGCCUGACAAUUGACUUGUCCUCCCUGAAGGCUAUAGUCACCGGAGGCGAGGCCAAUGUUGUCGAAUUGGCACAGACGGUAACUCGGCAGCUCGGGCGUUUAGGGGCAGUUGAGCCCGUCCUCUGCAUUGCGUACGGCCUGACUGAAGCCUGCGCAGCGCUCACCUACGGCAUGUUCGACCCCACAUACGAAGAACGAGAGGAGCAUGAGUUCGCCUCGGUGGGAAAGACGAUUGAUGACGCCAAGGUCCGCAUUCAAACGGUUGCCGGCGUCACAGCUUCCCCGCUGGAGGUAGGUGAAGUUCAACUGUCCGGACCAGUGGUCUUUACUCAGUACUACCGCUGUCCUGAGGCGACGCAACAUUCCUUCACCCCGGAUGGCUGGUUUCGCACAGGCGACCGUGGGUAUUUGGACGAGGGUCGGCUUAACCUCGCUGGGCGGCACAAAGAAAUCCUAGUCAUCAACGGUGUCAAUUAUUCGCCCCAGGAGAUCGAGACCGUGCUCGAGAAAGCUCGCAUCCCCGGUCUGUUGCCUGCACACUUCGCUGUCUUCGCUCAUAGACCGCCUGGCAGUGACACCGAGGGCUACUGCGUGAUUUACAGCCCCGAGAGCACGGUUGCAGAUCCAGUCCAGCGCUCUCGCACCGCCGAGAUGGUGGCCAGCAUUGCCAGCUCGAUCCCCAACGUUCGACCCAAUUGGUCCUCCCUGGGUAAGCUGUCACGCACAAAACUCCAGACUGAGUUUCUUGCCGGGGUGUUCGAUGCAAGCAUGAUCCGGUCGCGAGGACCCAUCCAAUCCGCCCAAGCCGCGACACGCAUCGCGCCAGCCACCCCCACGGAAGAAAAUAUUGUGAAUGUUCUAGAAGAGAUGCUCGAGAUCCCCACCGAUGUGAUCUCAGUCGAUCAAACCAUCUUCGAGCUCGGGGUCACGUCGAUCACCCUGUUCCGCUUCGAGCAGUUGUUGCGCGACCGCUUAGGGUUCGCGGUCGGGGUAUCCCUAAUCACCUUCCUCAACAGCCCCGUCGUGCGCAACAUCGCCUACACCAUCGACCACGCCACCUCCACGCAGUACAAUCCCGUUGUGCCCCUCCAGCCCCGCGGACACAAGCCUCCACUCUGGCUCGUCCAUCCCGCCUCAGGCAACGUGCUCGCUUUCCUCCCGCUUGCGCGCACCAUGACCGAUCGACCGUUGUACGGCCUCACCGCGCGCGGGCUGGGCGACCACGGCCAACUCUUCGCCAGCAUCGCUGACAUGGCCGACACCUACUACCACCACGUCAAGCAGACGCAGCCCCACGGGCCCUACGCACUGACAGGCUACUCGCUCGGCACAACGGUCGCCUUCGAGCUGGCCAAGCGGCUCGAAGCUAACGGCGACACGGUGGCCUUCUGCGCCGCCCUCGACUCGCCGCCGCACAUCAUUCCCCUGGUGCAGCAUCUCGACUGGACGCGCGCUGCUAUCCGAGUCACCUACUUCCUGGGUCUGAUUGCGCAGGACUCGAUCCCAGCCUACGAACAGGAGAUGGCCGCUCUGUCGUGUGAGGAGGUCAUCACCCGACUGCUGGAGGUGGCCCGCCCCGAGGAGCGGGCGCGACUCAACCUCAGCGCCGAGCAGCUCACGGCCAUCGUGUACGUGACGGAUAAUUUCGGGCGCAUGGGCCGUAAGUACCAUCCUUCCGGCACUGUGCGCAAGAUGGACGUCUUCCACUGCAUACCGCUGCAUUCGGUGUGUCUGGACCAGGCAAAGUGGGUGGGCGAGUUCCUGGACAAGUGGCAGGAUUUCUCGAGGGAGUCCGUCGAGUUCAUCGAGUGUGAGGGCGAUCAUGCCGAUAUGCUGAAUCCGCAGUUUGUCGAGGGGUUCGAGCAGCGGUUGAGUCGCGUGUUGGCGGCGCGGGGGCUGUGA